CGGACUUUAAAAACAUUUCAAAAUAUUCCUCCCAAAAUCGAGAAUUGCGGAGGAAAGCUUUCAUAAUAUACGAAAAAUCCGCAUAAAACUGAAAGUAUAACAAGAGUCCAUUGGAUUAUGUGUAGAAGUAUUUAUGAAAUUUCUAUUAAGCCCACAAAUAUCUUUAUUUUCGUCCUCCUACAGUUUUAGAAUCGGGCCUCGCAAAUUUUCUCGCCAGCCCUGAUUGAAUGAAUUGUAGUUUAUUCGAAAGUCGAAUGAACACCGACUGACUGUGAGACUGACAAGUUGCGUAUAAAACGAUGUUGUGAUGUACAAACAAGUUGCGAUGUAGAAGAACGGUAUAUUAAUUGUUCGCUUUAAUUCUCACAUAACGUGUCACGAAAAGAUUCAAAAUAAUUAUAAAUGGUAGAAAGUUUAAAAAUGUAUAUGAACCUAUACAGAUGCAAUAUACUUUAAACUUGAUUAACAACGGGGUUAAAUUACUUGUCAGAUUUUAAGAAAUAAACCUUGUAUGAAUUUUAAAAAGUACAACAAUGUCUUUUCUACGUGGUUCGGCAAAUUUUGUUUGGUGUACGACCAGUGUUCUUGGUAAAGGUGCAACUGGUGCAGUUUUUCAGGGUGUAAAUAAAAACAAUGGUGAACCUGUAGCUGUUAAAACAUUCAAUCAGUUGAGCCAUAUGCGUCCUCCUGAUGUACAAAUGCGGGAAUUUGAAGUUCUGAAAAAAGUAAAUCAUGAAAAUAUUGUUCAAUUAUUGGCAAUUGAAGAAGAGCAAGAUGGUCGUGGUAUGGUCAUUGUUAUGGAACUUUGUACUGGGGGUAGUUUGUUCAAUAUAUUAGAUGAUCCAGAAAACACGUAUGGACUAGCUGAAAGUGAAUUUUUGUUAGUUUUGGAACAUUUGACAGCUGGAAUGAAACAUUUACGUGAUAAUAACUUAGUACAUAGAGAUUUAAAGCCAGGUAACAUAAUGAAAUUCAUUGCGGAUGAUGGCAGCACAAUUUAUAAACUUACUGACUUUGGAGCUGCUAGAGAAUUGCAAGAAGAUCAACAGUUUGUAUCACUUUAUGGUACAGAGGAAUAUUUACAUCCCGAUAUAUAUGAAAGAGCAGUUUUACGUAAACCAGUUGGAAAAACAUUUGGAGCAACUGUGGAUUUAUGGUCUAUAGGUGUAACAUUAUAUCAUGUAGCUACAGGAAAUUUGCCAUUUAGACCAUAUGGAGGACGUAGAAAUAAAGAAACAAUGUUUUACAUCACUACAAAAAAAUCUUCUGGCGUUAUAUCUGGUAUACAAACUUCAGAAAAUGGACCAAUUGAAUGGAGCAGGGAGUUACCACAAAAUUGUCAGCUGAGUGUUGGUUUAAAAAAAAUUGUUACUCCAUUAUUGGCUGGCCUAUUGGAAGUUGAUCCUCAGAAAAUAUGGAGCUUUGAUCGUUUUUUCACUGAAGUUACUGAUACUCUAUCCAGAAAACGUAUACAUAUAUUUAACAUACAUAAAGGUAGUUUGAUAAAAGUUUUUUUGCAUCCUGAAGAAAAACUGACAGCACUUCAAGUACAUGUACAAGAUCAAACUGAUAUUGCACCACAUGCCCAGAUACUUCUUUUUGGAGAUGUAUUUUUAACAAAUAUCAUUGAAGAAUCUACACCUGGGAAGGGUUAUCCAAAUACAUGUGAAAAAAAACCAUUAAUGCUCUUUUCUAAAGAAAAUAACAAUGUUAAUUUACCCAUGGACACAGAAUUGCCUAAAUUUCCGGUAUUUGCAAAUUUAGUAUCUGUAGAAAAUGAUGCUAGUCAAGCGAAGACUGCUUGUUCAGUUGGUUAUGUAUGCAAAAGAAGAAUUGAAAGACUAGUAUUAUGUAGUAAAUUAUCACAGGAUGCAAUAGAAGCUUUCAGUGGAUAUGUAUUAAAAGAACUCACACGAUUAUUAGAAAAAUGUCAGCGUUCCAAAGAAUUUACUAAAGCUAUAGAAGAUACAGCAAUAGUGGUAGAAAGAAGUGAAAACCUUGCUCGACAAAUAUCUAGGAAACUUGGAGGUCAAAAUAGCUUAGAAGUAAAAAAUUGGAAAAAAGAAUUAGAUUUAAAAAGUAAAGAACUUUUAACUGAAUUAGCUCCUGCAAUAAUGCAACUUCAUCAAAGAUAUGUGAAGGAAGGUAGUUUACGAAGUGAAUGGGACAAUAUUAUUCGCGGAUUAUGGUGUCCAUGGGUUAAUAAAGCAAGUCAAAAGGCAACAACUUUAGUUGACCGUUUGCGAGAUGGCUGGCAACAUUUAUUACGGGACAGAGCUACUCGGAAUCUUACGUAUAAUGAUGAACAAUUUCAUGUCUUAGAACGAAUAAAGGUUACAGAAACAGGUCAAAGACUCAAGAACCUUCUUGAAACAUUUUGUGUACCCUCCAUGGUAAGCAGAUCUGAAUGUGUUGCUGAUUGGUAUAAAAUGGCACAAACAGUCUUCCUACAAACUCAAAUUUUAGAUAAAGAUGUAGAUAAUUAUGAACAUAUAUUGGAAACGUAUUCUUAUCGUUUGUCUCAAGACAGCAAAGAACGUUAUGAAAAUUUCUUAGAUUUAAUAGACAGACUUCCAGGAAAAUUAAAAACCGUUGAGAAAACUAAUUCACCCGCUCAAGAAAAUACAAAGAAAUGGAAAAAUAUGUGUGUUAUGCAAGAGCGAAUUUCAAUGAUUCUAUAUAAAAAUGGUUUACUUAUAGAUGAAAUUGAUCGUUUAUCAGCACUUGAUAAUGUUGAAAAUACAAAUGAUUCCGAGUACACAUCACUUUAACGUUUAAUUUAUACAGAUUUUCUAAUUUUCAUGGUAGUAAGACUGACAACAUGUACAGAGUGGAAAAAAAUGAUAUGUCACAUAUUCCAGAUCUCUGGAUCGAUCAAGAUCUAAAAACAAGUGAUUGUAAAAUUGACCUUGACUCUCAAGCUACUUUUGUUUAUAGAUCUAUACUGAUCCGGAGGUGUAGAAUCACGCUCUGCGGUUCACGACAUAUUAUUGUUUUCUAUUCUGUACAGAAAAUCCAAAAAGUAUUGUAGAAAUAUAAGAAAGAGACAGUGUACUCAAGUACAUUCUAUUUUAUUUGUUAUGUUUGAAGAGAAUAUCAUGAUUUAAUUAUGAUUUAUGUUUUUAAACAAAACACUAUUACAGUUUGCCCAAUCACAAUUUCAUCUAUGAUAUUCUCUCUUAGAAGGAAAAAAUUUAUUUGAAUAAGUCGUAAAAGAAGGGUAUACAAAAGUUUUUCUUUUGUUCUAUAAAAACUGUAUCAUAAACUUUAUUAAGAUAUUAUAUAUAUAACGAUAUGCCCACGCUAUU